UGAGCAUGGCUCAUAAAUCUCACCCUCCAAAUAGUCCUGCCCUGGAGACAGGAUGAGACAUCUUGAUUUAGACCUAUUUGAAAAUUGCUGAGCUGGUGUGCUCUCCCGUUCUUUCGUUAUCCUUGCUCCCUCCUCUCUGUAUAUAUUUAUAUUCUCACACAUGUAUGCACACGCACACACCCGCACCCCCCUGCUCUCUGCCUCUCUCUACCUGUUACCGUGAUGCUGGUGUGCCUUGGCACUGAUGUUUGUGUGCUCCCCAGGCCGUUCAUCGUGCUGCCUCCGCUGAUGGAGUGGAUUCGGGUGGCGGUGGCUCACGCGGGGCACCGGCGCAGUUUCUCGGUGGACAGCGAUGACGUACGGCAGGCGGCCAGGCUUCUGCUGCCGGGAGUUGACUGCGAGCCUCGACAGUUAAAGAUUGACGACUGUUUCUGUGCCUCUCGGAAGCUGGAUGCAGUUGCCACCGAGGCCAAGUUCAAGCAAGACCUGGGUUUUCGGAUGCUCAACUGCGGCCGGACGGAUCUGGUUAAGCAAGCCAUAUCCUUGCUGGGGCCGGAUGGGAUCAACAGCAUGAGCGAGCAGGGCAUGACUCCACUGAUGUAUGCUUGUGUCAGGGGUGAUGAGGCUAUGGUGCAGAUGCUGCUAGAUGCUGGAGCAGAUCUGAAUGCUGAGGUUGUCAGUACUGCUCAUAAAUACCCAUCCGUCCACCCUGAGACCCGCCAUUGGACAGCUCUGACAUUUGCUGUGUUGCAUGGACAUAUUCCUGUAGUUCAGCUAUUGCUGGAUGCUGGAGCAAAGGUAGAAGGUUCCUUAGAGCAUGGAGAGGAAAAUUACUCUGAAACUCCUUUACAGCUCGCAGCAGCUGCUGGAAAUUUUGAACUGGUGAGUUUGCUGUUGGAGCGAGGAGCUGACCCCAUGAUAGGAACAAUGUACAGGAAUGGCAUUUCCAUGACUCCACAAGGUGACAUGAACUCUUUCAGUCAGGCUGCUGCACAUGGACACAGCCAUCCAGAGGAACAUAGAUACAGGAAUGUUUUCCGCAAGCUGCUUGCUCAGCCAGAGAAGGAGAAGAGCGAUAUCCUGUCCCUGGAGGAGAUCCUGGCCGAGGGCACGGACUUGCCCGACUCGGCGGCAGCUCCUCUCUGCGCCAGCCGCAACAGCAAGGCCAAGCUGAAGGCCCUGAAGGAGGCCAUGUACCACAGCGCCGAGCACGGCUACGUGGACGUCACCAUCGACAUCCGGAGCAUAGGUGUUCCCUGGACGCUGCACACGUGGCUGGAGUCCCUGCGCACGUCCUUCCAGCAGCACCGACGGCCCCUCAUCCAGUGCUUGCUAAAGGAGUUCAAGUCCAUUCAGGAAGAGGAGUACACUGAGGAGCUUAUCACACAAGGAUUGCCUCUGAUGUUUGAGAUACUGAAGGCCAGCAAGUUCCGAGUCAGCCGGACCCAGGUUAUCCACACAUGUACAUCCUGCAUUCUGCGCGUCAGAUACGAGCGCCAGAAUGAGGUGAUCAGCCAGCAGCUCUCUGUCAUUUUCACUCAUUGCUAUGGACCCUACCCAAUUCCAAAGCUGGUGGAAAUUAAGCGCAAGCAGACCUCCCGCCUGGAUCCCCAUUUUCUUAACAAUAAAGAGAUGUCAGAUGUCACAUUUCUGGUGGAAGGAAGACCAUUUUAUGCACAUCGAGUGUUGCUAUUUACUGCAUCACCAAGGUUUAAAGCACUGCUGUCUAGCAAGCCCUCAUCUGAUAGUACUUGUAUUGAGAUCAACUAUGUGAAGUACCCCAUCUUUCAGCUGGUUAUGCAGUAUCUUUAUUAUGGAGGUGCAGAGUCACUCCUGAUUAAAAAUAAUGAAAUUAUGGAGCUUCUCUCUGCUGCUAAAUUUUUCCAGCUUGAAGCUUUACAACGACACUGUGAGAUCAUUUGUGCAAAAAGCAUUAAUACAGAAAACUGCGUGGAUAUUUAUAAUCAUGCCAAGUUCCUCGGCGUCACAGAACUAUCUGCCUAUUGUGAAGGCUACUUCCUGAAAAAUAUGAUGGUCCUCAUUGAAAAUGAAGCUUUCAAGCAGUUGUUGUAUGACAAGAAUGGAGAAACAUCUGGUCAGAAUGUACUAGAGGACUUACAGAGGACGUUGGCCACAAGGAUUCAGUCAAUUCAUUUGUCUUCUUCAAAGGGCUCCGUUGUGUAAAGCUGAGGAAGAUGGGAACCCUCAAAUCAAGGACCCUGCAAGUUAAGUCUGCUGUUGCAGUUGCUUAAAUGACUACAAAAAAAGAAAAUGUAAAAAAUUCUACGUCGCAUCCAAAUAGUUCUGUUUCGGCCAAAGGUGCUGCACUGGGGCUGCAUCCCCACCUGGAUGAGAGAAUACAGAAAACAAAAGUUCCUCCCUGGUUUUGAGCAAGCUGGGUACCAGAGUAUCCGGUGAAUUGCUCUUGUACUCACAUUCUGAACACGAGCCUGUUCGUGGAGCUUGAUGCCAACAAAAGCCAGAAGUCACAUCAGUGAACAGCAGAAGUCCCUGCCUGAAGGGUAGUGCUGGGGAACACCUGAAUUUACCAAUUAAUCAUUUAAGUCAGAUUUGUUCCAGUGUUACACAGUUAAGAACUAUAUCUAUCCCAGAGUCCAUUAUCUCGUGCAUUUAAGAAAUGUAAGAACUGUUAUUGCUGUCCAGCAAAGAUCAGCUGUAUUAGAGAGUGGGUAAGACUGUUGAGGAAAUAUACUGGCAGAUUUUUAGGGGUGGGAACUUUUUAAACUGUUCAUAAAAAAUAAUGGGGUGGCCUUGUUGUUUAAAACCUAUUUCUUAAGCUUAAAAUUUCAUUUUCAACAGAGCUGUGUUUGAGAAUCUAUGUAACAUGUUUUGGUUUUUUAAAUGGUAAAAUGUACAUUGUGUAAACACACAUAUGGUCAAGUUUUGCUUGUAUUCUUUCCUAGGGUGGUAUAAUCUUGCCUGAGAGGCUAUGGUUACACCAAAGAGGCACAUUACCCAGACUGUCUCUAAUACAGUAGUUGGGGGGGCAGGAGAACUGCAUGCUACUCGUGAUUUGGGGUUGAAAUCAGUGACAGACUCAACAAACAUGCGUUUGCAUGGUAACUGUACCCGUGAAAUGUCGUGCUUCUUUUCGCCAAGACAAAUGCAAUGUUACUUCUUGUCAAACUUCAUUUGUGAAAUUAGCUUAUUUUUUUAUCUGGUGCGAUUGGCUGCGAUGCGAUACCCCUGGAGCUCCUUCUCGAGGUGCUGAUUUCCGUUUGUUGCAGUGGAGAGAUGAUAACAGAUCUUCACUUUAGUGAUGUGUGGAUAUUUUGCUACUGGCCAGAGACUGUGUCUGAGUUAGACUUUUUAAAAUUAUAAUUAAAUAUGUACUAUAGAAUGAUUUCUCACUGUAUCCUGAGAAUGUAUAGGUAAUCUACAAAUGUGGGAGUGGGGUGGGGGGGUGUGAUUUAAAUGUCAAAGCUUUGUUUAUUUUGCAGCAUAUUAUUAGCAAGACAAAUCUGCUACGUGCCACAGCAUUCUGGAUGCCCUCUCUCUGAAAACCACAGUAAGAAAGUAGGCAAAGAUGUUGCCUUCUCCAUGGCAAAGUGACAUUAAUAUAUUUAUUUUCUAGCGUGCCAUUCUAGGAAAUUUAGAAGUUUGUAUGUUAACCUCUUUUGUUGAAGCAUCUACAUCAGGUGCCCUUCCCACUUCCAGCUUUUGAUGUGCUCAGAGAACACAGUUUUGGCUUUAGCUAUCAACAGAGUAGGAAGCUGUUUUAUUUACAUAUUGAGGUGUGUAAAUCCUCCUUUAUGCUUGGUCUUCUAAAGUGUCUACAGUUUCUGCAACAAAUGACAAAAUGUCUGAAUUGCCACUGAUGUUGCAGAGACACAGCUUGUCAGUCAAUUAGAUCUUGUUGUCUUCAUAGUAGGUAUUCACACAAGAUGUUGUCUGGAACUUUAAAAGUAAUGGCUACUCCUCUGUGAAUGUUGUGAUCAUAGAGAAGCAAGACCAUAGUUAAUACAAGAGCAACACACAGGGGUGCUUGUUGUUGCUUGGUGUGCCUUCACAUCUGUGGAAACACAUCCUUCUAUGACAAAAGUUACUAGCUAAGAGCAGGCCUCACCCUGCAGCCUCAUGGUUUAAAAGAGCUAAGUUUUUCAAACAAUAAUCAGUAAAUUAAAUGGUAGGGAAACACUGGUAGCUCCAUGCUAGUCCUUCAGUGCUAAGGUUCACUAGGUUUCUUCCAGCAGUAAAGGGCUUAAUUGGCCUUUGGUGGCUGUACAUGGGGUGGUCACCGUGUCUGGGCACCCUGAGCUGUUACAGGAAGGGACUGCAGCUCAGGACUUACACAGGAAUAACUUUUGCCCUUGGAAAUGCUGGUAAUCCAAACAUCACAGAUGUAUAGCAGAAGGAAACCUUAAGAAUAAAGAGUCAUAGCUUUCAAUUCUUUUUUGACCAGUGGUCCCCAGGACUUUUGCCAGCAGAAAAGCCAGCCUGUGUAAACCUGGCAUUCAUUUCUGCUGGAAGCAGCCAGCAAACCUUUGUGGAUCCACAAACCAGAGUUUGGAAAUGGUGAUUUUAGUCUGCCUCUUCUGAUGUGAGGCUGGGUGAGGUCCAGCUGAAUCAUGCCAGACAAUGUGCAGCUUGCAGGCUCUUCAAAAACACAGUCACAGGGAUCCAUGAUCUUCACUACUCUCUUAAUCAGAAGGUUUUCCUGAGACUUUAGAAUUUCUUCAUUGCAAAUCAAGCCACUUUUCCUUCAAGUCCUGAUUAAAAACAGAUGAUCUUACAAGAUCUUUUUAGGAAGUUAUUCUAUGUAUGAAAGGAAUUAUCCUCCUUGCAUCACUAGUAUAGUCUGUUCUAGUUCCUUUGUUAGUGUUUUCUAGGAUUUUUGCUGUCAUUUCCCUCAUGGCUUCCCGUUUUCCCCAAAUUUCCAUACUUUGCAGGAGUUUUAUACAUGAACAAGAGAAGCAGAGAAACUGUUGCUGUUGUUGUUGCUUUUUUUAUGUAAAGCAUAUCAGAAAAUAUAUCCCCAGAUAUUUUCUACAAGAACAUCCCAUGGCUGACUUUGAUCUAGUCUGUCUUAAAAUUCCUGAGGGAUUCAUUGUUUCCUUCCCUGGAGUUCCAUCUUUAUUUGUGCAUUUAUUUACUACACCUUUCAAAGUGUGACACUUUCCAUUUCUCUUUAUUAAAUUUGUUCUGCUCUAAUCAGGGCAAUUUCCCCACUUCAUCAACAUCAAUUGCAAUUCUGAUCGUGUCUUCUAGCCUGUUUCAUAAUCUCCGGCCUUUAUUAUAUAUGUGGCUUCAUGCAUGGAUUCUUCAUUCCAUCUGGGGCUGGGGGGAAGGGCUCUUGUCAAAUUAAUCUAAAAAGCAAUGUGAGUUUCAGUGGGUGCCCAUGAAUACCAUCCCUAUCAGAUAAGGCUCAUUCCAACAGAGCAUUUUAUUAGCAUUUUUUUGAGACAUAGUGUUAUCAUCAUAGAAAAUAAAAAGCUUUCUCUUCCUUUAGUCUUUGCAUAGUUGCAAUAAUUUACAAAUUUUGAGGUCAAAUAUUGCCAUCAAUCUUGGUAAAAUGAAAAAAAAAGUACAACAUCCUUAGAAAAACUUAGGAUUUUCUUUUUUAAUCAUAAUUUUCCAGCCUGUAAUGAGUGAAGGUGCCUUUCCAUCUGUCAUUUUUAUACUAAUCCACUGCUGUAAUAUUUGAGGACUUGGAGACAUCCUGUCCCUGCCUCAUGGCAGAUCUUUCUUUAUAUCCCUAUAUGGUCCUCCCUUAGUUUCCAGAAUUUCCUCCCAUUCCCACUUGGCUUCACGUGCUGCCAGUUUCCACACUUCCCAGUUUUUUUAUUCUAGAGCCCUGCUAGAUUCCUUCCCAAGCCCAGAAGUGGUAUCUGUGUUGUCCUGAAUAGUUGAUUUUCCAAUAACUGGUUAAAGAGUUGAGAAGAGAAAAGGAUGGGGAAUGUAGGAGGGCAAAGGCUUUGGACAUCACAGGGGAAGGCUGGCAUUCUUUUCAGGAUAAAUUUCAGCACUGUCUACUUGUUUCUCUGAUUUUCCCCUGAUCUAUUCCUUAGGCCUGCUGUCCUCUAAACACAGCUGGAGGCCAGAUGCUCUCUGUUCUGGAACAGGGCCAGCUUUUUAAUGGCUAAGACUAUUUUUUUUCCCCAGCUAAAACUUCUGCCUGCUUGGUUUCAGCUCCAGAGCAGAUUUGUGCAAAUGUCUAUUAAAGACAGAGGAAACAUCUUUCAAGAGGUGUGAAGGUUUAGUAGCCAGGCUCCUAUUGGCACUAAUGAGAGCUGCUUGCUGAGUCCUCCACAUGCUGCUUUGGACACUGAGCCUUUUUCCACUGAAUGUCCACUGGCUUCAUACCAAACAUUGCACAAGUCCUGGAUGGGCUGUGGUGUGUGGUGUGCUGGGGGCUUUCAUAAAUUCUAGUUUUGUUUCAAAGCAUAGCAACGUGUGCUGCUCUUUAAAGGCUAGAAAGAAAAAGGGAAGUGGUCAGUUUGCACUGAAAUAAACUGCUCUGAGGUGGUGCAGUGAUAAAAAGGAAAGGGUAUCUCUUCUUCCCAGCUGUACCUGCCUAAAAUCAGAGGAGGGUUCUGUUACAGUGUGGAAUGCCACCAGGUCUGUGGGACUCUGCAGGACCCUGUUUAAGUGGGGUUUUCUAAAGCUAACACAUUCACAUACUCAAGGCAAGGAUUAGGCCAUCCUAGAAAAAAGCAGCCAUUCCUAGUGCUCCUGUCUAUGGGUAAAAUCCUGGGAGAAGCUGGGAACCUACAGAACUGGCUGAAGUCAGUUGUUCAUAUUCAGGGUCCCUCAGGAGCUGGCUCUGUCUUAAAAAUACUGCUGAACAAUGAUGGCCUGAAACCUGCAUUCACUACAGUUGCCUCUGAAGCCACUGGGAUUUGGGUCUUUUGUUGGUUUUGGUUUUUAUUUUGUUUGUUUGUUUGUUUUAUUUUGGUUUUGGGUGUGUCUUUUUUUUUUUUUGGUGAAUGGGAGUUACCUAAAGCCAAAGCCUAAGUUAGUUUGUUUGACAAAGUGUCUUUCAUGUGAGGCUCUGCACGUGCUUUGAAGAAAUGAAGGGCCUGAUGUUGCUUCCCAUCCUCUGGCACAGAGAUGUUAAGAUUUCUAAGAAUUAAAAAAGCUGCCUAGGAUUUGUCUUAAAAUUCAACAAACUAGUUUUCAGGAAGUUAGCCUUGAAAUAGCCCUCAGAUAAUAUCUGAAACCCCAUAGAUGAGAACAUUACUAAUUUUAGAUGUCAACCUAAAAGCAAACAAACCUGCAGCACUUCCAUACAUUUAUAGCAAAAUUAUUAUGUUAUUUUUUAACUUGUUAUUUAUUUUGAGGUAAGGCCUGUAAUCUUCAGUGGGUGAGAACAGAGGCUGCCCACUCUGACCAGAUUAUCACAUCUCGGUACAAUUGCCCCUGACCUGCUAUUUGUAGCUGGCCUUCAAGUGCAGGAAACAGCAAAGCCAAGUCUUCAGCUGUGGCUCAAUGCUCCGUGACUUCAGUGAGAGCACUGCUGAGAAUAUUAUGCAUGUGGUGCCCAAAGCAGAAGGAAAAUCUGGAAACCUGCAGAAAGACUAAUGGGAAUUUGUCAGCUGCCUUCAGUGAGCCUUUGAGCUAGGGAAGCAAGCCCAGUGUGGGUAGGAGGAGGGCAUUCCAUUUCUUUUUGUUGCCAUUAAGCUGUCAUUCAUUCAACACUGUCCAAGCUUCCUGCAUGCAACAGCCAUGAAUGGCCUAGAGUGUGUUUAUCUUGGAUGCCUGCACAGGACUUAAAAUGCAGUAUCUCACCACCUCAAAGUCAAGAGUCUCAUCUUGAGAGAUGCUUUACUUGGACUGCUUUACUUGGACUGCUUGUCGCUAAAACACCCAGGAGACAUGGCAGCACCUUAGAAGAGAGGUGGUGUCACCUGGAUAGGUUAAAUUCUAUAAACACCUUGUGCUUUGCAUGUUUUUAGUUGGCUAAAUCUGUCCACUUGAUUGUACCAGAGGAGCAACUUGGUUUUUUUUUUUCCUUUGGAGAAGCAUUUUUCACCUUUCUUUGGGCUGACAGUUUUGUUCUUUCAUCCUGUGGAGGUGGUGACACGGUGGUAAUGGGUGUGCUUAGCUUAGGCACAGGUUUCUGCCUGUGCUGGAUGGCACACUAAUGAAGAGGUCUUAGUUAGGGAAGAGGAUUAGGUACAAGAAUUUGAAUGUGUAACCUCAGAUCUUUGCCUCUGAUUCCAGAGCUAUAGUGUUCAGUGUUGCCUAAUUCAUUUGUUCCCUAAAAGUUUCCAUGAAUCCAAAGGGAGUGUGAGAGCAGGAAGAGGAGAAGCAGCCCCAUCUCCCACCACUUGCUUGGCAUUCCCAAACAGCCCAGUUGGCUCCAGUCUCUUCAGUGCUCACACAGAGGUUUGGUCCCAUGCUCAGGUAUGGCCAUGGAGUUGAAGCAGCUGGUGGCACUUUCUUGUCCUUAAAAAUAUCUCCACUGCUGCUGUUUAAUUUUGGUCUUUCUAUUCCCCAUCAUCUCUGCUGCUGUGGUAUCAUUAAAACUUCCAUUAUUUGGCUUUGCUCAGCACAGUGAGAGGCAAUCUUGUUUCCUACUGCCUUCCUAAAGCAAACAAAGACAGGGAAAAAGCCUUGCUGAAAUACCCAGUUGAAAAUAAUUUAUGGUUUACAAUAAGCCACAAAAGGAAAGGGAGAUGCUCAGAAACAAAAAAAAAGAGACUGUCACUUCAGGAAAACCCCGUGUGUUAGGAGGUCAUUUUAAUUAAUUAAGGUCAAAACCUUAUUCUGGCAGGGACGGAUGAACAUGUUUCAAAACAUCUGGACUUGUUAAAGUUACAGGUUCAAGGGAGUCCAGCCUUACCCUUUCUCCUUCCCAGCAGUGGAUAAAUUGAAUAUCCUGUUGCUUACUGCGUGAGAGGCUUUCAGAUGAGCCUUUCCGAAGUCAGGUUCUCUCUGUUCUGCGUAGCUUUUGAAGAGCUCACAGCGCAUCUGCAGCCUGGGAUUUGCCUCUCAGCACUGUCAAAACCCCCCUGUGCCCCAGUGCUGGUUGUGCCUUACUGGGGCAGAAAAGGAGCACAUGAAGCCUCUGGAGCCUCAUCAGAGUGAAAGCUGUUUCCCCAGCAUCCAAGCAGUCUCCUGGUCAAAUACUCUGCUUAACCCUGUCAGUUCAAUACCUUGAGAACUGAUUUUUGCCUUGCAGUUAUUAAGCCAAUGACUAAUUGUGCCAUUUGGGGAUGCAGUAAAAUGUGCAGUCUCUACUUCAGUUGUGAGUUAUGUUUAUCCACUGAAGAAUACAGGGACUAUAGGAAUGUAUCUCAGAGCUUUUUGACCUCAUGUUCUUGGCUAAAUUCCAAUUAGUACUAGAAAAACUUGACCUAUUUAAGUCCCAUCAGUGCAUUUUGACCAGUAGGUUGCUUCCUGUCCCUGUUUCUCUGGAGUCUUGCAGCUGUUGUGCAGCCAUAUGUGCUGUGCCAGUGGGGAACAGAGGUGCCUGAGCAUUAUGCAGACACCAAAUAAAUAAAUCCCACUCUCUGCAGUGCAGGGCAUGCCUCCUACUGAUCUCUUCAGCAUUAUGGGGAAGGCUGAAUAAUGGAUCUCUGCUCUUUUCAGCCCCAAGUUAGGAUCAGUGCUCUUCUUCCCCAUUCUCUCUUGGCUCUGCCAUCUACCAUAGAGAGGAGGGGAAAGAAAAACCCACAGGAAAUGUCACAUUCUCUCAACCUGCCCUCCCCACCCCCAGUGACAGGUGGGCUGCUAGAGAGUCCUUCAGUGCCACUCCUCUGAAAGCUUCUUGUAAUGCUAUUUGUACAUUAGUUAUCCUCAGAGUAGGCUUUUCAUUAGGUUAAAGUCUGGAAAGCAUCUUAAGUCAUUCAGGGCAGACGUGAGAUUGUAAAAUACUGGAAUUCCAGUCAUCCAUGCUGGGAACUUCUGUUUUUUUCUGUUUCUGGGUGUUGUGUUGGUUGGCUGAUUUUGGGGGGGAUCUGGGUUUUUUGUUUUUUUGAGGUUUUUUGUUUUGUUUUGUUUUUUUCUUGUUUUAUUUUUGUUUGGUUUGGUUACUUUUUCAUUGGGAAGAAAAGAUGAAGCGUGUGCGAUACUUUGGGUUUUGUGUCUAUAGUUGUCAUUGUGUGUAUGUUCAAGAGAGAGAUGGACAGUAAAUAGAUCUACAGCAUAUGUUAUGAGGUGUGAAAUCAUGCUUGUAAUGAGAUUUCUUGUUAAUGGCAGUCAGCCUUCCUUGACGUUAAGCAUUAAUGCAAUAUCCAUUAGUGCAGCUAAACCUUCCUCUGCUCCACUUUCCCAAAUGGGUUUCACUUUGUCCCUAGUUUAGCAUUAAUAAAUAUUUGAUACAGGGUUGAAGAAUUAAUUUACAUGUUAAAAAUACAUGAAUGUUCUGUGAAAAAAUACAAGUUAGGAUUCUACUAUAACAUCAUUCACAAACCAAAACAUAAAAGUGUGAUGAAAUUUGCCCCAUUAAAAUGGCUGGAAGCCUUUUCAUUGAUUUCUCUAGUCUGUGGAUUAGGUCUGUUUUCCAUCUCUUUGAUACUGUGUGUCACCUUUGAAGUCUUUGCAGGCUAAAUGCAUCUCUGUAACCAGAAAGCACAGUCACAGUCUUUAAAUGGAGGGUGAUCCACUUCUGAAGGGCUGAGUUUGUGUCUUUAUCAUUGAAAGCAACACCAAAAUUAGGAAAUCCCAGUGUGAGCAUCCUGAAAGGACAGAAGACCUAGCACUGUCUGUGGGACAGCUCUUUGCUUUCUUUCUCCCUCUUCACAACCAUUCCCACCUGUCCCUGAGAUGUCUUGGAACUGAGAUCUAGGAAAGAAAAGUGGAAACAAGAGGAUGUGCCAGAAAUAAGAUGUGCUGAACCAUUGUGCUGAUCUUGAUUUUUUGCAGAUUUUAGGCAGACUCCUAAUUUGUGUAAUAGUAACCCAGGAAUGGUUACGAUUGUUUUGUAUUUGUUACGGUUGUUAUGAAUUUGGGUUUGGGGUUUUUUUUUCUAGCAAAGUGGUUUUGUUUGCUGCCAUCUUUUGUUGGGGUUUUAUGUGAAGGUUUCAUUUCACUUUUUAUUGAGAAGGAAAUGAAAGAUCACAUAACCCAAUAGCCAUCAUCAACAAGUACAGAGAUCCUGUCUUGCAUCCCACAGAUGGGGCUUAAAUACUGGUUUGUGGCUUCACAGGCAUGUUUGAGGUCAUCUAUAAUUAACAAUGCAGGUGAAACUUUCUUCCCCUUUGCUUACCCAUUUAUGGUGGAUAAAAACAAAAUAACAGAGUCAGAGUAUGGACAAUAGGAUGGCAGAUGUUUUUCAAUGGAGAAAGAUUAUAGCUAAGAAAUACAAGUGUUUCUGGAAUCAAAUAUUUUUUCUCAAAAGGACAGAUAGACAUCUGCAGCUUAUUCAAAUAUGUCAUUCUCUUGAGUGUGUUAAAUGCUUUUGAAAAUUGCCUGUUUUGUGCUGUUAAUGAUCCAGCACAAGCCCUUCCACUGGAGAGACUAUCUGGGGGCACUCAGAACCAAGGUAGAAGGGAAUGUAUGAAAAAUAGAGGAGCUCAGCCAUAAUUUGAGGUGGCAGCUUUGUUUGCUUUUUUCCACUGUGUCCACAACUUGAACAUUAUUUUAAAGGGUGUGUUUGUAUUUCAUUUCUUUUGAAUCCUUUUUUUAAUUGCUGCAGCACUCUCACAGUAUCUUCUCGAAGUGCACCUUGGGUCACCUUAAACCCCUUUUAAUGUCUGUCUGAUGCUGAUCCUUUUAAAAUCUCCAAUGAGAUUGUGAUUCAUUUGUCACUGCUAGAUGACAUUUUGUUAAGGCUGUAUAAAGGCACUGCAGCAUGUGAAACCAGCAAGUUGAUUUUUUUAUUAUUGCAUUACUCUGAAAAAGAAAAAAAAACCUAAUGAGAUCUUUGUUUCUAGUGUGAAAUUCUCCCCUUAGCUUGAGAGGACACGUGCAAAGCCUCUGCUGUGAAUGCCUCAAUAUAAUCAGGUUACAAAAUGGAGGCGAAUGGUAUCACAGAAAAAUUUUUGAGGAACAUGACUCCAGUGGAGCAGAACAUGCACUUGCUAAAGACUGCUCUCUUCCUCCGUAUCUCUCCUGAAGUCAGUGGGAAUAUUUAAUGGGAGUCACUGCAAGGCUGUAUGGUUUUUUAAUGCACUAGCAGAUGUAAUUUCCCAUCCAGUCAUCUGCACAGUUGUGGUUGGUACACCAUAAAGGCUGAAGUCCAAAUCCUGCUGUCAUUGCACACAGCCCCUCUGCUUCAGCAGGGAUCAUAAACAUGCACUUAUGUUACUUGAGGUUUUUGCUGAAGAGAAAUGGGAGAGGGCAGACCUUCCUUCUGCUCCUUGAUCACAGGCUUUGCAUUCCCAAUGACUUUUAUUAGAAGCAUCAUAUAUUUACGUGCUGCAGAAUGAGGCCUGCGUGGGAUGGGAAAGAUUUUUAUGAAUUUAGACCUGCCUAAGAAAACAACCCUUCUAAUUUUAGACAAAUUGCAUUCCAUAUCCAUCUGUUUAGUGCAUCAGUCUGAUGUUAACUGUUUAGUAAAUUGCAUUUGGGCUUAUUUUUUAUGUCUUUUGUGGGCAUUGCCUGUCAUCAGCCAGUGUAAAGUAGCACCAAGGACUUCCAGACAUACCCAUAGGGCCAAACUGUGCCAGCUUCACACACCACAGUCCCAUCAAAAGUGAGGGAAGCUGGACUGGGCACAUAAAGUGCAACCCCCUUGACAUCCAAUUACAUGUCCUGCCUCAUUUCAUAGAGAUGGAUGACAUCCUGGAAAAAAACAAAACAAAACACAUGGUGCCACUUCAUGUGAGUUUAAAAUGUAUUGAAAUCAAGGAAAUUAUAUUAGACAUGGCUGUAGUCUAUCAAAUCCAGCCCUGUGCAUAGGCAGAACUCCAAGGGAAAGUAACAGGAGUUUCCAUUAUGGAGUUUGCAGAAGGAAGUCUGCAUAAUGAACAUGACAAAAUGUCAACUUUGUGUAAACUCUCCUGGUGGGUCUGUAUAAAGGUUUUUUAAGAAAUCUUCAUUGGAACACACCAGAGAAUAAUAAACUUGCACCUUGAUAGAAUAGCUUUAUUUGUAUAUACUCUGUGUAAAUUUUAAACCAGAGGAUACAUGUCAUUCCUUGUACAUAUCUGACUAGAAUGGUGGCGGUGCUGUGCACUGCUGUUUAGGGGAUCCAGCUUCUCAGUCCUGGAUUUCCAGCUGUAAAGGCUGCAGGAGACUGCUUGGGACCAGCUAAAACAUUGGAUGGAUAGAUGCUCACCACUCACUGCUUAGAAAUGCAGGAGCAGGAUUUGGAACAGAUGUUGGCUAUGGAGAAGAUUGCUUGCCUCUACUCCUGGCUAAAGGACAAGUGCCUCCUUUGCUGUCAUCUCCAACAGAAGUGAUUUAUGGUCAGAGCAUGGGAACCUUCAGAGCCCUGCUUGGUCUUUCAAAGGGGUCUGAGAUUCAGGUGUCACGUGGGAAGGUCCGUGAAGAAGCAGUGUGUACAUACAUCUACCUACCUGUCUGCUACCUAAUAUCCCACUGUUUCUGUAUUGAAUGGUCUCAGUAACCUGUAAACAAGUGAUUGCUCCUGUUGUGCUACUGCUUUGAAAUUCUUUGCAUGCACUCUGGCAUAUAAUUCUUUAAGAAAAGAAAAUAUACAUAUUAUAUAUACAUAUAUAUAUAUAUUGUAGCUUGCAAAAUAUUCAUGUUGAAGAGCCAUGUUUUGUGCAAAUUGUACAUUUAUGUUGUGAGCAAUAUCGCAAUACGAACUUUCAUUAGUUGUCAGUAGUAGAUUUAUCACAUUAUUUUUGAGCGUACGUACGUAUCCUAAGCUUUCAACCUCAGGCAUUAGAUCAGCUACAGAAGGAGACUUUUUCUGUGCAGUAGAAAUAGCACAGGCUUUCAGUAAACAGGCAGGUGUGCAAGUCCCAUUCUGUUUAAUGCAAGUUGCGAGGCUGAUUCUUCAUGCAGGUUGUCAGGCAAAUACUCUCUUGUCAGUGCUGGAAUUCGUGUUUGGUAUGAGGACCCUGUUGCGCUCAUCUAGAACAGAACUCAAACCCCAGCGUUGCAAAACAAAGUGCUUGACUCCUACUGCCCUCUGUCUCCGCAGGUGCUCCAACAUGAACACAAGGAGGACUUAAGGAACUCCCAGUUCCCUGCCAGAUAGCCAAUGUUAUAUUUUCAAAUGUUCAUGCUACAUAGUUUUCAAUGUAGGGACUAGAUAAAAGUGUAAUACCAGUACGUCUUUAGAAAAGCUACAGUGUUUGGAGCUUGACCUUGAAACUUUCACCUGAUUCCUGAACAUCAUCAGUGGCUUUGUUUGCUCAAUGUUUACCUCUGAGAAAUGUUUGCUGUAGAUUUAAAUGUUUAAUAUAUUGACUGCCUUUUUUUGUAUAUUUGUUAUCAUAAAGGUUCGGUUUAAAUGCUAACAAUCGUGGUCUAUUUUCAGACUUGAAAUACUUACGGUUCUGUAUUUGGAAGGCAAAGUUAUUAAUGAAUAUAGCCAUUUGGUAUUUUAUUCCUGUUUUAUACAGCUGCCCCCAUAGGUUAUUAUCAGAUAGCAAUGAAUAUUGCUGAACAGCAGGUGGAACUCCUUUGAGUGUGUUUAUGAGCCAUCUCUGUUCAAUAAAAAUUCCAUUGUUUUCUAGCCUA